UGAGUUCGAUUGAUAAUGAUGUAAUCCAAUUCCAAUUUUAUCCUAACUAAGCCAUAUUGCAUGCCAGGUAUCAUUUACAUCGUAAGUGAGGGUCGGAGAACAAGUUGGAAGAAAUAGAAAGGGCGUGGAAACCAUAGUCGGAGGGGAGUCUUUGUUAUCGUAAAAGCCCCACGCCAACGCCAACGCCCACGCGCUCUUUUCUCUUUCCCUUUCAUGCCGGCAAACUCACUCCGCGUCAACUGAGUCAAGAUUCUUCCUCACUUACGUCCAUUGUAAAUAUUCCAUUAUUAUUCCAACAUCUCUCUAUGUCGCUCUUUAUCUGGAUAUCAUCGUUCGACUCAAGAUCGCUGCUAUCUGUCUAAAUCUUUUUUUUUUUCGGGGGGCCAAGAUCCGUCAACUUGUGUUAUUGUAACUCGGUUGCGUUUCAAUCCGACUCCAAAAUUGGGCAAAAUUACGAUUCCUUUCGAGAUCCAUGAACUCGUUUUUAAACUCAGUCCGAGUUCAGAGCAAAUCGAGGAUCGGGCAAAGCUGUGAUGAUUUAGAAUAGAGUUAUCCUGUCAGAAUUAGGGUUUUGUGAGAUUUUUAAAAAUAGGGUUAGAGUAUGUCGGCUGUGCGAAGGUGGAGCGAGGGCAUGUCCUCAGAUAAUGUCAAGGGUUUGGUUUUAGCGCUUUCUUCCAGUUUAUUUAUUGGGGCAAGUUUCAUUGUUAAGAAAAAGGGCUUGAAGAAAGCUGGUGCUUCUGGUAUCAGGGCAGGAGUUGGAGGGUAUUCUUACUUGCUUGAGCCACUUUGGUGGGCAGGCAUGAUAACAAUGGUUGUGGGGGAAAUUGCUAAUUUUGCAGCUUAUGCAUUUGCACCAGCUAUACUGGUCACUCCUCUUGGUGCUCUCAGCAUCAUUAUCAGUGCGGCACUUGCACAUAUCAUUUUAAGGGAAAAGCUACAUACUUUUGGAAUUCUUGGUUGUGUUUUGUGUGUUGUGGGCUCUACAACAAUUGUUUUGCAUGCUCCCCCAGAACGUCAGAUUGAAUCUGUAACAGAAGUUUGGGAUCUUGCUACAGAGCCAGGGUUUCUCUUUUACACAGCCUUGGUCUUAACAGCUGUCUUUAUUCUUAUAUUCCACUUUGUUCCACGAUAUGGACAGACACACAUUAUGGUUUACAUUGGAGUUUGCUCUCUUGUGGGUUCCAUUUCGGUCAUGAGUGUUAAAGCACUUGGUAUUGCAUUGAAGUUAACCUUUUCAGGAAUGAAUCAGCUUGUAUAUCCUCAAACAUGGGCCUUUACUUUAGUUGUGGUUACUUGUGUUCUUACCCAAAUGAAUUAUUUAAACAAGGCUCUUGAUACUUUCAAUACAGCUGUUGUUUCUCCCAUAUACUAUGUUAUGUUCACAUCACUGACCAUUUUGGCUAGUGUAAUCAUGUUUAAGGAUUGGGAUAGGCAGAAUCCAACUCAGAUUAUAACAGAGAUGUGUGGAUUUGUGACCAUUCUUUCAGGAACUUUUCUUCUUCACAAAACCAAGGAUAUGGUUGAUGGUGCAAGUUUGACAACAUCUUUUUCUAUGCGAUCAUUAAAGCAUGAAGAAGACAAUGGCUUUGGUGAAGGCAUCCCACUUAAGCGGCAGGAUUCAUUGAGAAUACCUUAAUUGAAACUUUAGGUCAUCACUGCUAUACCUACAAAGCUCAAAUAGCUUCUGGGGAGAAACAUCGUCGAUUUCAACUUGUAUUUUAUGACCAGCUUAUUCCAUACCAUUCAUUUUUUUUCCAGUGGCACUUGGAGGUGAGAUUUUCUGUGGCUCUUUUUUUCUCCUUUGGCUUCAAGAUGAGACUAAAGAUUUCAGCAUUUGCCUUGUAUAACGCUAUCCCCAGUUUACACAGGAAAUAUGACCAAUGUAAUCAUGAGCAAGGUGUUCACACAUA